GUUUAUUCAAAGAUCUUUGGCUGAGAAGGCCAGUGCCGACAUAAAGCGUCAGCUUGGCUCGGCAGGUGGCAAGCGAGCCGACCAAGGUCCAGCGCCAUAUGCAGAGGCUUUGACAUCGGUGUUCGUUGCCAUCGCAGACAUCGUCCAGGAGCAUCAGCAGGCCGUCGAACAGGAGUUUGGACCGGAGAACUUCAUCGUGGUCGUCCGUGGUCUGCUGGAUGAGGCUGACAUCCAGGGAAUAAAAGUGAUUGACAAGUUCGCCAAGGACAACGCCAAGGUCUUCUCUCAGCAGUUUGCCAACUCGGAGAUGCGGGACGUGGGUGCAGUGUUGGAGGAGACGGCGAUGAUCACUCAACGAGUUCAGCAGUUCAAUGCUUACAUUCACUCGGUGGCGCACAGUGUGGUGGACAUGAUCGACGACAAAGCAAGUUUUGCAAACAACCUGCCUGUCGGACACUGUCCCGAUGAUGGGCUUCCGGAUACGAAGCUCUUGCACAGGGUACAGGAGCUUGUGUCUUCGUACGUCCUGGUCGAACAAUACUUCCUUCUUCAGUCUGUGGAGAAGGCCGUUACUGAAACUGAUUGUUUGGAUCCAGAUGAUCCAGAUGUUCUCACCACCACUCUCAUCGAUGAAGCCUUCUACAUUAUGCAGGAAUCAAUGAUGAGGUCUGUCACAACUUGUGACAUCAACGCGGUCUGUGCUGUGGUCAACAACGUCAAUGCAGCUAUUGUUGGUGAGCUGCGCCAGGCCUGUCCAGAGUUGCUCAGAGGCGUUCCACCAACAAGUUACCGUCGCGCAGAUUGCGUUGAUGUUCAAAACAUUGCAAAUCACUCAAAAAGUUGGUUUUCCUUGGGAACUGAAAAUCUGUAG